AUGCAGCGGCGCACGUACCGGGGGACUUCCCAGGGAGGUCACCCAUCCGGGGACUGCUCCCACCUGAGCACGCUUAACUCCGGAGUUUUUACGGGAUCCGGUGACAAGUAUAGUAAGCUGCCAAAGAAAUCAGCAGGAAGUCUUCCUCAACUAAUAUUAAUUUCACAAUUUCUCUUUGGCUAUAUCCCAAAUUAGUUUAUAAAUCCUCCCCCUUUUCACAAUGCCCCUCAAGCUUUGCCCGGCUUGAGCUGCUAUUUAUAGGGACCUAUGGAAACAAGUGAAGAGAUACGGGAUAUAUUCCUAAUUUUCACAAAGUGGUUUUUAAGGGACCGAAACCCGCUCAACCACAAAGAAAAUAAAAUUAUUGAGUAAAAAGGCUACUUGUUGAGUGCCCAGUUCAUCGACACAAGAAGGGAGAAUAAUUUAUUAUUUUAAUUUUCGAAUUAUUCAUUAUAAUAUUGAGAAAAGAUAUUUCAAGAAUAUUCAUCCAUUGGAGGUCAGGGAAGAAAACUCUUUUUGGACCGAGGACUGGGUUGAAAUAAUUCUACGUGAGGGCUAAAAAGGCCAAGGAAAAUGGGGGGGGGGGGGGACCGUCUUAUUUUUAGUCCAAACAAUUUAUAAAAACUAACAAUAAAAUAAGCUAGAAAUAAAUUAAAAAUAUAUACAGCCAUCAAUAAAAAAACUAGGAUCAUCUCGACCGAGCAUAUUCGGUUCGAGAUUAACCAGGCGGAUCUCGACCGUCCCUUUUGCAUUAUACGCGCAACUCUCCACGACCGCAUGAUGGGCCACGCUAAUUUUUUAGUCCCACAUUGGAAAUUAGACCCAUAAAUAAAAGUCGACGUCUAUAACUAAGAAUAACCUCCGUCAAUUAGAUCAUACUUACCUGGACGGGGUUCAUGGGUGAUCAAGACGGCCCAUAGCCUAGGUUGGCGGCCCCCAUUGCACUCUGGGGGAGCGCCCGCCUACCAUCUCCCCAAGUGGGAGAGUGGACGUCAUAAUUUGUGCCAGAGGGGGCCUGCGUACGCGCGGCUCCCAUUUAAUCCCAAUUUAAAAUCCUUGGCCAAGAAUCACGUUUAG